AUGUCGGAUCUUACAAUACCUUUUCUAUUUCAAAAAUCUAUUGCACUUAGUUCAUAUCGUGAUCGACAAUUUCGAGGAAGUGAAGGAGAUCAAGAUAAAAAAUUAUUAACAAGUACAACACUUUAUGUAGGCAAUUUAUCAUUUUUUACAACAGAAGAACAAAUACAUGAAUUAUUUUCACGUACUGGUGAUGUUAAACGAAUUAUAAUGGGUUUAGAUAAAACAACCAAAACACCAUGUGGAUUUUGUUUUGUUGAAUAUUAUACAAGACAAGAUGCUGAACAAGCUAUGAGAUAUAUAAAUCAAACACGGCUUGAUGAUAGAAUUAUACGAACUGAUUGGGAUGCUGGUUUUAUUGAUGGACGUCAAUAUGGUCGAGGAAGAAGUGGUGGACAAGUACGUGAUGAAUAUCGUAAAGAUUAUGAUCCAGGUCGUGGUGGAUUUGGUAAACGAUUUAAUCCAUCGAUGGAAAUGGAAAAAGGUGGUCUUGUUUAA